AUGGACAGUUUGGUGGGAGCACACAGUAACCGGGUGUUUUUUUUUUUUUUAGGAGUAAGAGCAAUGGAGGACGACUUCUUCCUUGCGUUUUUUUCUUUUUAUUUAAUUACUUUGUGCGGGGCUGGGAGGAUAAUGGUGAAAGGGGAAGUUUUUUUCUUUUUUUUUGUAAUUGUUUUAAAUAAAUCUUGUAUGACUCGCCACUGCUUGGGAUGCAGUGCAAUCAUGAGUUUGAGCAGUCUUGUUACUUCUACCAUGCGGCUCUGCUGUACAUUUUGUUUUUGCGUUUCUUUACAUGCUCCGUUUCUUUUUUUACUUCUUUGCCUCGUGUUUCUGCAGGCACGCACAAGCACACGCACACAGAGUGCAAAUCACGGUGGAUUCGGAUGGUUCUUUUGCGGUGCGUGUGGCAGCAGCGUGUGGGUGCUGCUUUUUCCCGUGGGCAUGAAGCGAAGGGAGGAGAGAGGCAGCGCGCAGGGCGAGUGUCUCUUCCUGAUGGUGUGGGGGCGCUGCGUUGUGACCGCAUGGAGUGAGGCGCCGCGUCGUGGAUGGAUGAGGAAUCGCUUCCGCGUGUGGCUCUUUUGGUGA